AUGGCUGAGCCCCUGCCAGCGGCCUUUCCUCCCCUGAGGACAGGAGGGGCCCUGGUGGUCUUGGCGCCCCCUUCCCGGCUCUGCCCAGAAGGGGCAGCGGGCACCUCCGCCCCUCAGGAGGCGGAGGUCCUGGGGUCCAGUGUUUUUCAGAGGCUGGAAGACACCGUCCUGAGCCCCGUGGCCAGCAGAGAAGACCGGGCGCUGACCGUGCGUGGGGGAGGCUGGCGGGCCUCACCCAUCCCCGUGCCUGCCCGCAUCCGUGAGAUCGUGGCUGGCAACCUGGGCGAGGAGCCGCCGCAAGGGGUGCGGGAGCCGCCAGCCGCCUCGGCCCACGUGCAGGAGGAGCUGCUGGCCCAGGCAGGGGCCGAGCGGGAUGAGCUGGCCGGCAGGUACCGCGCGGUCAGCGAGCGGCUGCAGGCCCGGCUGGAGGCCACUGAGGCUCGGCUGCGGAGGUCAGAGCAGGAGCACAGCGUCAACCUGGAGGAGGCCCUCAGCCGGCUAGAGGCUGCCGAGCAGAGGAGCACCGGCCUCUCCCAGGUGAACGCCCUCCUGCGGGAACAGCUGGGACACAUGAAGAAGGCCAACGACAGGCUGGCCGAGGAGCUGGCCGGGACGACGGGCAGCGUGCUCCGUCUGCGGGCGGAGCUGGAGCUGCACGAGAGGCAGCGCUGGACCCAGAGAGAGACCCAGCGUACUCGCGCGGGGGGGCACCAGGACGUCCUCCUCCUGCAGAGACAGGUCUCGGCCCUCCGUGGACACCUGGCUGAGCUGCGUGCGGCCACCGAGAGGGGCCUCGCUGACAUGCGAGCGGACGCGGCCAGGACGGCCCAGCGCCUGCACACGGCCUGCCUGAACCUCGGCUCCAACCUGCGGCUGACGGCCAGCCGCCCAGACAGCGCCCUGAAGCAGCAGCUGCAGGACAGGGUGCGGGAGAUGCUGCAGCUGCAGGGCCGCUGGGACGCCGAGAAGGUGGCACUCCAGUCCAGACUCUGGGAGCAGACGUUGCUGUUGGGGAAGCUCACAGAGCAGAACACGGACAAGGAGAAGACCAUCGCCUCCCUCAGAACGGAGGUUCAGGAGCUGGUGGCGCAGGCAGACGCGGGGUGCCCGGAGCCAGCCUGGAGUGGCAGCACUGAAGGCCAGGAGGCGCAGGGCCAACCAAGGAGCCCCCCACGGGCCGCGUCGCCCCCACGGGCCUGCUCCCCGGCCGCUCUGGACCCUGCGCUGCGGGCUGUGCAGGUGGCCAUUGAGAGGCGGUGGCAGCGGGAGCAGGAGCUGCGCCGGCGGCUGGAGUCCUCCGAGGCAGCGGCCGCCGGGCUCCACGAGCAGCUGUCCGAGAGCCAGCGGGAGCUGCGGGCCUCGCGGAGGCUCCUGCAGGAGCGGGGGCAGGAGCAGGCCCGGGAGCGCCAGGACCUCCUGGGCAAGCUGGGGGCGCAGUGCUGCCGGGAGUCCAGCGAGCUCCCGGGGAGGGAGAAGGCCGCUCUGGAGGAGGUGGUGGAGGAGCUGGGGGGCAAGGUGGAUGCUUCCGCCACGGAGCAGCAGAGUCCGGAGGCCGGGAACCUCCCGCGGGGGGCGGGCCAGAAGGAGGAGCUGGUGCAGCAGGGCGAGCAGGGCCGGAGGGAGCUGGAGAGCAGUCAAGGGCGCCUGGAGCAGCUGGAGGAGAAGGUCUCGGGGCUCAAGAAGGAGCUGGUGUCGGCCCAGGAGGUGCUGAACGCAGCGCAGCUGCAGAGGGACGUCCUGGAGAGCGAGGGGGAGGGUCUGCGCAGCGCCCUGGCCCGGGCCGAGUCCAGCAAGACCGACCUGGAAGUGCUGGUGAGCCAGCUCAAGGCGGAGGGGGUGGAGCAGAGGCGCUCCCUGGCUGAGAUGGCCGCCCUGAUGGAGGGGCUGACUCGCGACAAGGGCUCCCUGAGCCACCUGGUCCUGCAGGUCACAUGCAAGAAACAGGUCCUGGAGGAGCAGCUGGCCCAGAGCCUGCAAGACCAGGAGGCCCACAUGGCCGCUCUCCAGAGGGCCCUGCAGGAGAAGGAGGCUUUGUCUGAAGAGCGGGCCCAGCUGCUGGCCAAGCAGGAGGCCCUGGAGAGGCAGGGCCAGCUCACAGCUGAGGAGGCAGCUGACCUCAGGGCCGAGAGGGACUCCCUGGAGAGCAGCCUCUUUGAGGCCCAACAGCUGGCGUCACAGCUGCAGUCACAGCAGGAGCAGCUGGAGGGAGAGGCCCGGAGUGCGAGGCUGGCCCGGCAGGCCCUGCGAGUGCAAAUGGAGCAGCUGAAGAGCACCUGGGAGGUCCAGGAGACGAAGCUGCAGGGGGACGUGGGGCGGCUCCUGCAGCAGGUGGUACAGCAGAAGCAGGACACGCAGCUGGCCCUGGAGAGCCAAGCGCUGGCCCACCUCGAGGACCUAGCCCGGCUCCAGAGGGAGAAGGAGACCCUGAGUCUGUCUCUGACAGAGGAGAAGGAAGUGGCAGCACGCAGGCUGGAACAGGAGAAGGAGCUGGUGGCAAAAAGUGCAGCCAAGAGCGAGGCUCUGAAGGAGGAAAUUCAGAGCCUGAAGCAAGAGCGGGAUGAGAGUCUCCUUCAGCUGGAACAUGAGAUGCAGCAGGCCCUGUCUCUGAGGGAAGCGGAGACCAGCCAGCUGAGGGAGGAACUGUCCCGGGCUGCGUGGGAGCUGGAGCUGGUGCAGCAGGAGGCCCAGGGCCGGCAGGAGCGAGCCGAGGCCGCCAUCAGCGCCACGACCGCAGACCUGAAGGCCCUGCAGGCCCAGUUUGGGGACGCCAUCUCGGCCCGUCAGAGGGAGGCCAGGGCUCUGGGCGAGAGGCUCCGGGAGAUGGCGGCCGAGCGGAGCAGCGCCAGGAGAGAGGCCGAGAGGCUGCGGGCACAGCUGCACGAGGCCCAGGAAGGGCUGGCCGCCCUGCGCCGGGAGCUGCAGGGCAGCGAGGAGAGCCGGGAGGGGCUGCACAGGGAGGCCCGGGACGCCCGCCGGGCGCUGGAGGACGAGGCCCGAGAGAAGGACAUGCUGCGGGAUUCCAACACCGAGCUGCGGGCCACCAUCCGCAGAGUCGAGCAGGAGAAGGCCAGCUUUCAGCGCUCCAAGGAGGAGAGAGAACGGAAGGUGCUGGUGCUGGAGGAGGCCCGGGCAGCGGCCCAGAAGGAGGCCGGCAGGCUGCGGGCCCUUCUGCAGGGGGCAGAGCAGGCACGGGCAGACGCCCACCGGCAGCUCCAGGAGCUACGCAGACAGGUGAUGUCACUGGAGGCCGAGAACCAGAGGAAGAGCCAGGAGCUGCACCGCAUGCAGCAGCAGAGCCAGCAGGAGGCGCUGGAGCUGCAGAGGCUGGCGGCCGAGGCACAGGCAGCCAGAGAGCGCUCACAGAGGGAGGUCCUGAGGCUGCAGCAGACGCUGGCGGAGGUGGAAGCCAGGGCCGAGGCCCGGGAGAAACAGCUGGAGGAGGGCCUCUGCGAGAGCCAGGGCGCCGAGCGGACCCUCCGGGCCAAGCUGCACGGCGUCACCAGGAAGCUGCAGCAGGCCAGCGGCACGGCCGAUGGCCUCCAGGCUCGCCUGGACAGGGCCUGCCGCCGGGUCGGCAGCCUGGAGCAGGAGCUGGCCCAGGCCGAGGGCGCCAGGCGGGAGGUGGAGGCCCAGCUGGGCCGGCUGUGGUCCACGCUCUGCCUGGGCCUGGGGCUCCAGGGACAGAGCCCCAUGGCCUCCCCCGAGCGGCCCAGCUCCCCCACCAAAGGCUCAGAGGGCACCCAGGGUUACCCUGGGCAGCAGAGUGCCAGCGCCCCCGGCCGGUCCCGCUCGCCGCUCCGAUGGCCCUCGCCUGCCCCGGGAGACCGCAGCACAGAGGGGGCCGUGGCCUUGGUGAGGGACGCCCUGAGGGACUUGGCGCAGAAGCUGCGGGAUGCCCAGCGGGAGCGGGAUGCCUGGCGCUGCCAGGUGGGGAGCCUGAGCAGCCAGCUGAGCGAGGCCGAGAGCGAGCGCGCCCGAGCCCAGAGCCACGCGGGGCAGCUGCAGAGGGCGCUGGCCGAGGCAGAGGAAGGCCGGCGCCAGGCGGAGGGUGAGCUGAGCAGCGCACAGGCCGCGCGGGCCCUGCAGGAGGAGGCGUCCCCGAGGCUGGAGCACCUGGCAGGCGCGGAGGGGCGGAGGCUCCAGAAGCACCUGGACACGCGGCACCAGGCCCUGGACGAGAGCAGGAGGCACAGGCAGGGCCUGGCCCAGAGGGCGCUGCUAGAGGAGAAGGUCGCCCCCCUGGAGCGCAGGCGCGGGAGGCCCUGCGGCAGCGGCGGCGCAGGGAAGGGGCGGCGGGCGCAGCGCGCGGAGAGGCGUGUCCUUCGGGAGGAGCGGCCGCGCUGCGCCCCGGGCGGCCCGCCUGCAGGGGGAGCCCGCGGUGCACCGGCCCAGCAGCCCCACACGCUGGACGGCCCAGGCCGCUGGGCAUCCUGGCCAGGGAGCUCCCUCGCCCGACCCAGCCAGCUCUCAGGGGAUCCAGAGCCCUUCCCAGGGGCACCCCACGUGCUCUCCAGGGACAAGGCUGGCCUGAGCUCACACCCCUGCCAGAGACCGUGGCAGGUUCUGCUCUUGCAGACAGAGCUGAGGAGGGAAGCGGACGACAUGAGGGCGGGGGCCGAGAAGGGGCCACGGGACCAUACCCUGAGCCGCCUGCACCAGGAAGUGGACAGGGCCCUGAGGCAAAACCAGCAGGUCCAGGUCCAGAAGGCAGAGCUGGAGCAGGCCUACGCCCAGCGGCUCCAGGAGCUGGCCACCCAGCACCAGCGAGACCUGGCGGCGGAGGCCGAGCGGCUGCACGGGGCCCACGUACAGGCCGCACAGGCCCUGGCGUCCCGAGAGAGGACCCACUGGCAGCGGGUGAAGGUGCUGGAGAAGCAGGUGGCCAGCCUGAAGGGGCAGCUGGACCAGGAAGUGCAGCAGCGGCGACGAGCCCGCCUCAGCCAGGCCUUCCGGGCCAAGAACUCUGUAAACAUGGGGAAACACGUGGAAAACAUUUCCACCAACUGGAGCCAAAAACAUAAUGUCCCGAAGGGCCAGCUACCACAUCCCUGCGCACAGAGGCGGCAGGACCUCCGUAUCCAGGAACUGCAGGGCCGUCACGUGAACCAGCUGCACCAAGACCCCAUCCAUCCUUACGGUGUAGUGACCACGCCAGGUGGGCCUCUGCAGGAGCCGGAUCCUACCUGCCCCUCCAGGCCCUGUGACCUCCUGACCUCAUUCCCGGAGCAGGCCGGCGUGGACCAGCCUCCCCGACGGAAGGCUGCUUUCCCCGGGAGUUGGCCCCAGAUUCUCUUGCUCGAGAGGCGACCGGAGCGCGGCCCGGCCGAGCGGGAGCGGGAGCGGGACUCCGGAGUCCACCAACGGCGCGGCCGCGCUGCCCGCACGCCCGGCCGGCCGGCCCUGCGCGCCACUCCCGACCGCGGCCUCGCUCCUGCCCCGCGGUGA